CAUUUUUUAAAAUAAAAAAUGUAUUUUAGAAAUAUUAUAAAUGUCUGGUUUGACCACAGAAGAAGUGUUGGCAUGUAUUUCAAAAAGAGAUCCAGACACUGAACAAUUUUAUCUUCAACAAACAAUGCUAAGGGUGAAAGAUCCUAAGAAAUCUCUUGUAUUUUACAGCAAUGUUCUUGGAAUGAGGCUUUUACAUAAGUUGGACUUUCCAGCAAUGAAAUUUUCAGUCUAUUUCAUGGGUUUUGAAAAAGAUGAAGAUAUUCCCAACAACGACGAAGAAAGAUUGGCAUGGUGUUUUUCACGUAAAGGAACUUUGGAGCUAACUCAUAACUGGGGAACAGAAAGUGAUGAGACAAACUAUCAUAAUGGAAACUCAGAACCAAGAGGAUUUGGACAUAUUGGAAUAGCCGUCCCUGAUCUAGAAGCAUCUUGUGAACGAUUUGAAAAGAUGGGUGUUCCUUUUAAAAAGAAACCAACCGAUGGCGUAAUGAAGACGAUUGCUUUUAUAUUGGAUCCUGACGGAUAUUGGAUAGAAAUAUUUAACCCAAAAAAAAUUCUUUAAGGAUUUUGAAAUCCUUCAAAGUUUCUUAAAAAAUAACUUGAUUA